GCUCAUACUCUGAUUACUUCGCAAAAUGUAAAGCAUAUCUUUCACCUUCAGAGAUACUUCUGGAGCCGGUUGGGCUUAUACGCCUUCCUUUGGGGGCAAAGCUACGGGCAAACAUUCUUCUCCUUACCGCAAAAUAUUCAACCUACCUCUUCCUUGAACUCGGUUCAAGUGCUGACCAGAGAAAACGCAGAUCUAGCAACCGCGUUGACCCCAGCUUUCUCAAUAUUCAUCCAAGUCCUUAGUCACAACAACAUCUCGAAUAUCUCCUCCAUCUACCUCCUACCGAGUACAAACCUACUUCCAAACGAGUAAAGCCAACUCAGAACGGUCAGACAUGGCAGUCCUCGAUAUUGUUGAAGGCCUUACAGCUGAAAUCUUGAUCAAUGGGGAGCCGGCUCAAGAGUUCGAUGACCCCGACGAGAUCCAAGUCGAACACCAGGAUCCUGCUAUCAGAAGACACCAAAUGAAGCAUACCGUCUCCAAGUACAUUGAGUCCAAGUCUGGUCAAAAGUUCAGCAUUCAGAUGACUGUCGGUCGUCCUCUAGGUCACGCGAAUAUGGCACAUCCAAAGUUAACCAUGGAUGUUGAGGUGGAUGGAAUUCAUGCCUGGACACUCAUCUGUGCCCGUCCAUGGUUUAAGCACAAUGAAGAUGGUGCUGAGUGGACGGACGUUUUAACUGGCCCGAAGAAUGGCAAGGGACAUGGCUGCACAACCAGGGAAUUUUCGUUCCUCAAAAUCCAGACCAGCAAGUCCAAACUUCUCUCGAUAAUCAAAGAGGAAAUAGAGCGAAUGAAGAAAAAGGGCACCAUCAUUAUCAAAGUGUACAAUGCAACAGCCGGUAGAGCUGGGGGAAAACAAGUUACAAUUCCUCAGAAAAAUCCAUUUCUGGAGAAGAGUCAAGCCAAAGUCACAGAGAAAGCUGUGAAGGGGACGGCAAAGUCUCAUGCAGUCACGUAAGUGACGCUGCCAGGAAUCACAGCGUGGUGACAAAGUUCCUUGUCACUAACAAGA